UGAAAUAUUAUAGUUAAGAGUGCGAGUGUCUUCAGUGCGUGGUGCAAACUGCUGCGUCGCGCCAGUUACCCUCGUGUGACUUGUGACAUUGAAAAUGGGUUCUUUUUAUAAUUGCUGCCUGGAUUUUGGUGCUGGUCCUCAAGGAAUGAGGUGCGCUAGCCUCCUCACGCUUUGUGUGUCAUAAAGAGUGCAGCGAGCGCGCGAAAAUGACGGGAGGAUCCGAUAGAAGUCUUGCCUCAGUCACAGAGAAGCCGGCGCCGGCGCGGACGGGCCCGCACGGCGUCCAGGUCGUGAACACCGGCCCCGACCACACGUUUAUCCUGGACGAAGAUAUAUUAGCGGAAUUGCUGCUCCAGGAUGACAUUAAAGAUAGAUCAGUGGUCGUCAUAUCGGUGGCAGGCGCGUUUAGGAAGGGCAAGUCGUUCCUGCUCGACUUCUUUCUACGGUAUAUGCAUCAUAAGUAUGGUUCCGGGGGCGGCGGUGGGGACUGGUUGGGUUCAGACGAGGAGCCCCUCAGCGGGUUCAGCUGGCGGGGCGGCUCCGAGCGGGACACCACCGGCAUACUCAUGUGGUCCGAGAUAUUUAAGGCCACGCUCGAUGAUGGGGAAAAGGUAGCAAUCAUACUCCUAGACACACAGGGGGCGUUUGACAGCGAAUCCACAGUACGCGACUGCGCCACAGUGUUCGCGCUGUCCACUAUGCUGUCCUCCGUACAGAUAUACAACCUCUCACAGAACAUACAGGAAGAUGACUUACAGCACUUACAGUUAUUCACAGAAUACGGUCGGCUCGCGCUAGAGGACGGAGGGAGAACUCCGUUCCAAAGGUUGCAGUUCGUUGUGAGGGACUGGAGCUUCCCGUACGAAGCGCCGUAUGGUGCUAGUGGCGGGCAGCUUAUACUCUCUCGACGGUUAAAGGUAUCAGACAAACAGCAUCCAGAAUUACAGUCACUCCGCAAGCAUAUCACUUCUUGUUUCGGUGAAAUCGGCUGCUUCCUGAUGCCGCACCCUGGACUCAAGGUCGCCACCAGCCCUACGUUUGAUGGAAGACUAUCUGACAUCGAGGUAGACUUCAAGCGGGCGCUACAGCAGCUGGUACCAAUGCUGUUGGCGCCAGAUAACCUCGUGGUGAAGGAGAUCAACGGGCAGCGGGUCAAGGCCAAGGACCUGCUGGUCUACUUCAAGGCGUAUAUGAACAUUUAUAAAGGAAAUGACCUGCCCGAGCCGAAGAGUAUGCUGGUGGCAACAGCGGAAGCGAACAACCUCACAGCGGUGGCGGAAGCGCGUGAGAUAUACACGACCUUGAUGGAAGAAAUUUGUGGUGGGGCGAAGCCCUACCUCCAGACGCAGCUGCUUGAGGCGGAGCACCGAAGGAUCCGUGAUAAGGCGCUGCACGCUUUCCGCUCUAAGAGGAAGAUGGGUGGAGAUGAGUUCAGCCAAGCGUACUGUCAACAACUGACGCAUGACCUGGAGGAGCAGUUCCAGCAGUUCGUGGCGCACAACGAGAGCAAGAACAUCUUCAAAGCUGCGCGCACGCCGUCCGUGUACUUUGCACUAGCACUGGCUCUGUACGUGCUCAGUGGAGUGCUGGGCUUAUUGGCGCUGUACCCGCUGGCCAACCUGUGCAACCUCGCCAUGGGGCUCGCGCUGCUCACGCUCGUGCUCUGGGCGUACAUACGGUAUAGCGGUGAAAUGAGAGAACUGGGAGUGACGAUAGACGACAGCGCUAACUGGCUGUGGGAUAAUGUAAUGAAGCCAGUGUACCAAGCUGGCAUAGAGAAAGGCAUGGAGCGAGCCGCAGCGGCCGCCGCAGAACGAGUGGUACCAACCACGCCCACCACCAACGGGAAACACAAGCAGUUGUGAUGGCCGCGAGACCCGCCGGCCAUCUGGGAUCCGGAUAACUGGGACCCGGCAACCUGGGAUACGGCUAACUGGGAUUCGGCAACGUGCUAUCCGAACACCAAGGUUCCAAAAAACUGGGAAUCGGCAACGUGGGAUCCGUUAAAACGGAACCCCGCAACCCAGGACCCGAAAUCCUGGGAUCCGGUAUAUACGGAUACGUUAGUCCAGGAUCCGACAGUCCGGGUUCCACCAAGCCGGGAUCCGGAGACUUCAGCAAGUGCUACGCCGGCACGCGCCCCGCACGGGACACACAAUGACCACACAUACGAAAAAACAAGAUUAAAACGUUGGGACGAAGACAAGGGGUGUGAUGUGCUUCAAGUGAUAGUUUAUAGUGGGGGUAAUAGUGAUAUGGGCAUAUCAGCUGUAUGUAGUGUUGUGAAUACUUUAAAGCCACUUAAAACUAAAUGGAAACCUUAUUUUGACGCCAUGUUACGAAAUGAUAUUUGUCUUUCAAAAGAUUAUAGAAGCAAAGUUUCAAAUACAAGAUGUCAAAAGUACAUGGAAUGGAAUAAGUGUAAAGUUUAUUUCGUAAAUUUCACAAGUCAUAUUAUUUUACAUUGGAAAUUUGGAAUAGUUGAGUUGUUUAAUUGUGUGAAAAAUAGAAAAUUAAAACGAUACAAGAAGAAGCAGAAAAUAGAUACAGUGAACUGUGCUCGCAACAAACAAGGAUAUCAAAAUACAGGGAAUUACAAUCAUUUGUUUAGUGCUGUGUGUAGAAAUUGUGAUGUUGGUAGGAAUAGUAAAAAUCCAAAAGUGCAGCUCAGUUCACAUAUUGAAAAUAGCACAAUUAAGCCAUCGCAAAUUAAACUCAAAAUGUCUGAAGCAUAUAUGCAGAUUUAUGGGAUUCCUAAAGUAUAUACUAAAAUUAUAUAUAUAUUUUACAAACAGUCAAAACUAAAGAACAUAAUCUGGAUCGUGUUCUCUCAAUUCCUCAUUAGUUUCUAAAAAAAUAUGAAUAUUGCACUAAGAUAUUAAAAAGCAAUACAGUAGAGCAAUAAUUUUAAAACAUGUAUAAAUAUAUAAUUGUUGUGGAGAAGAAUUUACUAAAAUAACAUGCACCACAGUUAAUAAAGGACAAAUCCAAGGUCACAAAGGUUUGUGCGAGUCACAAAAAUAUAACAGGUUGUGAUUGUGCAAUAUAUGAAUAUGUUGCUUAUAAAUAAUUGUAAUAGUUAUGCAAUGGGCAUAUCAAACUGUAGAGGAAUUGAUAGAACUAGAAAAUACAGAUAUAUUAAGUGUUUUAUUAAAAUAUCCAUAAAAAGAUCGACUGACCUGAAGCCAUCUCUAUUCUCUACGCAGUCUGCGAAAACAAUGUGAGAAUCUUGUUGUGGUGUGGAAUAGACAAUAGAAAGGACUAAGUGUGACGCGUGUGAUGAACAUUAUCGAUUCUUUAUGGUUUUAUCUAGUUUAAAAGUAACAAAGGAGGUUUGUGGUGAGGUUAGGUUGGUGGCGGAAUGUUUUUGGGUUCUGUACAGUGGAAUAGACAAAUUAUAGAUUUUAGGUAUAGAUAACGCUUGGUUAAUCUAAUUUGAGACGUCUAAUUAGAAUUAAUUACCGCUUCGAUUUCAAUAAUUCGCAAAAUACGAUUUUUGCUUACUAUUGCAAUAACGGCUGGUCAUGAUAAUUGAUUUGUGUCGUUAACGUUGUUAAAUAAUCCAUAGUUGAAAUUAACCGAUCAUUACAGUAACGUGAAGGACAUCUGGUCUUUUAGAUUUCUGGUAAAUGAUUAACGCAAAAUUUCUAUUUAAAAAAUAAUUUAUUAAGAACAAAUUGAUUAUUCAUGAACAGUCACUACUUAUCCUGAUUUUAAUCCUUUUUCGGAUUGACGAAGCAAUUUUUUUUAGAAUAAAAUGUAAAAUCGUGAAUAAUAUAAUGAAUAGAUUUAUAAAUUUUAACGUAAGUAAGCACAAAUUUUAUCGAAUAAUGAAAACGGAUAAAAAUUUCACUUGUUGCGUUGCACAUUAUUGAAUGUACUUAAUUCUAAAUUUAAUUGUUACAUUAUUUUCGUCAUUUUAAACUAUAUUUUCAGAUUUAAACAUUUUGGUGUAGAGUACAAAAUCUCAUUAUUUAUUAGUGUAAAAAACAUCGUUCAAAAUUUUCCGUAUUACUUUGCGAAAUAUCGCUUGAUGGUUUUAGAAGAAAUGUUUAAAUCUGACGAAUAGCCUGAAUGUAAAUACUUCACUUUCGUUUUAUUUUUUUCAUAAAUAAAAAUUUUCCAAAUGUGCCAACUUGUAUGACGAAAGUUUUGGAAUUUUGAGAAUCGGGAACAUUGUUUUAUUGUAUUUGUUGUCCUGUUUGAGAGUUUAUUUCUUUGUUUGUCACUUCACCUUUAUCCCUGUUUCACUUUUUAUAAUAAUUUUACGAUUUUAAAUACUGUUUAAAUGAUGCAUUGUUAGUUUUAUUAAUGUGGGUUUUAAUAUUUUUAAAUACUUGGUUGUGUUCUUUUCGUAAUUCACAGUUUAAUCGUUUUAAUUAUACUCUGUGCACUUUUUUUUCUUUUCGCGCCUUUUCUACACAAGCGUUCUGAAAUGUAUUCUUAUUACCUAAAUUCGAUCAUAAAUUAUUAUUAACAUAUCAAUCGUUACGAUUAAAAAGAAGAUGUUUGUUUCCAUUAUUUAUUAAUUUAAAAACUAAGCGAUUAUUAAAAGUCAACUUUAUAUUUUCAAUCUUUAAUUACAUGACUUACAAAAUUAAACCGAACACUUUAUUUUACAGUUAUUAUACAAUAUAUGUUAUUUAAAUUAUGUGUAAAGAGUUCAGAAUAAAACAACCAGUAAUGUAUAUAAUACCAUAAGUGCCUAUAAUUUUUGGGGGUUCAAAAUUUUGUGCAAAGCACGUUGAAGGCGUUAUGUUCAUUAUUAUUGUUUUUGGAGUGAAUAUGAUGCCUAUUAACAUUCAAAAAAGUAUUGCGUUUAUCGGAUAAAUAUCUUUAUGAACAUUGUAAUUAUAAUAUUAAAAUUUAACGCGUUGUAAUUAUUGUAUUCUAAAUUAGGCCACAGGCUUUUUCAGGCAAGGGCAUUAAAUUUAUUAGGAUAUUUUUCACGAUACGGCAACAAUAUGUAUGCGAUCUCUUCAAGGCUUCCACUUGCAAAUUUAAAUUAUUUUGAACAAAAAAUUGGUCGAAAAGAAUACCUUCUAGUAUAAUGAAUUUAGCUUUCAAUAAACGUGUGUGCCAAAAAAAAGCUUUUUUUUUUUUCUGGUUUAACUCAAUCGGGAAA